AUGGGUCGUCGGGUUCCACUGAAGUCGUGGAAACUAAAGAACCGGAAUAAGCAACCGGAGAAGGUUGGCCGAGGCCUGAAGCAGGUUGCGGAGGUACCGGAAAAUAGCUUGUCAGAAGCGCUGGCGGCGGUGGACGAUGAGGAAUGGUUGAAGUACGGCGCAGAGGACGUGGUCGAUACUGAUUUGGUAUUACAUCAUCUGUGGGACAGUAAAGCAGCUAUCCCGAAGGCACUCUUGGAUAUGAAACUGAACCUCGAUAGUCCGGCUGAGGAACAACUGGCAGCGGACAUGACGGCUGACCAAUCCAUGACGGCUGACCAAUCCAAGUCGUAUUUUACACCGACUCUAAUGCUCUCCACAGGGACAGGUUCGUCACUGACGCAGUUGGACUCUGUGGUAGUAGUGGGUCGCGUUUGGUCGGAGAGGAAUGUCAGGGAAUUAUUCGCGUGCUUGCGACCGUUGGUUUUGUUGACAUUGCGUUGGUAUGCCGCACACGAGUUUCCGUUGUUCGAAGAGUCGGUAGAUUUGGCGAUGGCAACAGAGUUAUUGCUGUCAUGGCGUUGGCUUAUUGUGUUAGAGCAAGUUGUGCAGCAGUUGGAAUCGGAAGGUUUGUUACGCAACCCAUUGGAGAAGUGUGCGUCAAGUGUUGCGGCCGUGUAUCUCAACCUCCUAUUGGCCGUAUCCCAUCACCCAGUUGGGACCAAGUUCGCCUGUGAGAUAGGACAGCGACUCGUCAGGCUCUCGGCGGCUACAGACAAACUCGUGCCGCUAGGCGUGCCCGUCAUUCGUCUCACGUACCUCGCCCUGGCCCAACUGCCCAGUGUCAAGGAACAACCACGAGUCAUUGCACAACCCACCGCCGCCACGACCACCAUCCUGCGCACGUCGUCCAUCAAACUCUACGGCAACUCCGUGGACAAGAAAGCUGUCGACAACAAGACUAUCGAUAAGACGCACGAGCUGGAGACCUUAAACGCUGCCGUGUCCCUCCUCAUCGCAUACGUCCAUCUCCUCCACCUUCACCCUUCCUUUUGCGAAACGGCCAUCGUCUUCCACUCACAGUUGAAAAGACUCGCCCGAAUAGCCGACAGAAAACAGCUCGCCUCCAAGGUGGCCCAAACUCUGAAAACUUUGGGUCACGCCAUAGAGACCGCCAGCAAGCAAAUCGAGACCGCCAGGGCAGACCUUGACCCCACACUGCUCAGCGCCCGCAUUGAAGUGUUCAACGCCAAACAACGCCGCUCUUGGGGCAUCGAACCUCUGUUCACGAAACGGAACAAAUCAUCAAGGCUCUGUUUCCCACCGAGAGACGCACCCACACAGACCACGACCGCGAGCAUAUAG